UCUAAAUCAAAAAAAAGUCCUUUUUUGUCCUGUCAUAUCGGUUGGUCAUAGCUUAUUAACUGACCUCACAUACUAUACUGUUCACAGUAUAUAAAACCACGCUUGAACGGAAUAGAGCUCUUUCAAAUAUAUAAAUAGCCGGCUGGAUCCUGCUCAAGUAAUAGUUUUUUUCUCGUCAUCAAUGUCGGACUUGUUAUCAAAUCCCAUUUUUUCUGGGUUUCUUCUCGUUACUGCAGGUUGCACAUUGGCCCUUCAAGCAGGUUGUAAUGCUACUUUGACUCGCUAUGGAGGACGAUCAUUUUCAGGUGUUAUGUCAUUUUCGACAGGUGUGAUCUGCUGUUUGAUUUUCUUUGCUAUUGAUAUCAAUGCUUUGCACACACCAUUGCCCGAUGAAACACUCAAAUCUGCACCUGGUUAUGCGUGGAUCGGCGGCAUACUCGGCUGUUACUAUGUGAUUACCAACAUUCUAACCAUACCAAGGCUCGGAGCAGCCACAACAUUGGCUCUCUUUGUAUGCGCACAGAUCAUUAUGGCGUCCAUUAUAGAUAACUGGGGACUGCUGGGUGUUCCGGAACGACCUUAUACCAAAUGGAGAAUAUUAGCUUCAUUCGGCCUUGUUGGCUGUGUUGGCGUUAUUUCUAGAUACUAACUGAAUUCAAAAUAAAUCCCAAGAUCUAUCAGAAAAGCACACACCGUAGCAGGAUCCCAAAAAGACAUGCCAUUUAUAGUAAUUUCUUCGCGCAGCGCGCCGAAUUUUAAAUAAAAAAAAAAAAAAAAA